UUGGAGCAUAGCAGAAAUACAAUCAUCUAAAGGGAAAUAACCUCUACAACACCUCAACCUCGUUUCUUUUAAAUUCUUAAUUAAGGUGCUUAAUUACUGCUUCACUGACUCGUUGCUUAUUUGUGAAUACGAAUAUCACAUCAUGUUGACGUUAAAGAAAUCUUUUCAUUUAGACAUGCCUCUGAUAUUUUGAUUGACUUUCCUCAAUUAAAGGAAGACCAUUUAUUCAUAAGGCACAUUCAUCAAUGCAUCAACGACAAACGAUAAGAAAAUAUUUCUUCUACGAUGGAAUUAAGAGCAACAUUUUUGUUGUCUUCACUGUUUGGAAUGUAGAGAAGGUGAUUGCUUGGUUAAUUAAGCUUGGAUAAAUUUACAAAAGUUUUAACUGUUUACAUCUGCCGUUUUAGAUGUUAAGUAAGAAAACAGAUGAAGAAACACAGUGUUAAAUUAUUUUCUGAAAAUACUGACACAACUGAACACAGAUAUAUUCAUAGAAAUGAAAAAAUCUUUAUCAUUGUGAUACGUAUGAGAAAUUACUAUCUUAUAAUGAAUGAUUUAAGAAAACCAAACAAACCUGAUUCAGGAGAGAAACCAUAUCACUGUGAUAUCUGUGGUAAAUCAUUUACUGAAGAAAGAGUCUUAACCAAACACAAAUGCAUUGACACAGGAGAGAAACCAUAUCACUGUGAUGUCUGUGGUAAAUCAUUCUCUCAAAGAGGUUCCUUGACUAUUCAUAUACGUACACAUUCAGGAGAGAAGCCUUAUCGUUGCAAUAUCUGUGGUAAAUCCUUCUCUGAAAAUAGUCAUUUGACUAAUCACACACGUAUUCAUACUGGGGAAAGACCAUAUCGCUGUGAUAUCUGUGGUGAAUCAUUUUCUCAAAGGAGUCACUUGACUAAACACGAAUAUACACACACAGGAGAGAACCCAUAUUAUUGUAAUAUCUGUGGUAAAUCAUUUUGUUAUAAAAGCACUUUAAUUUCUCACAGACGUACACAUACAGGAGAGAAACCAUAUCAUUGUGAUAUCUGUGGUAAGUCAUUUUCUAAAAACAGUCACCUGACUAGGCACAAACGCGUUCAUACUGGGGAAAAACCAUAUCCAUGUGAUAUGUGUGGUAAAUCAUUUUCUCAUAGUACCACUUUAACUAAUCACAAACGUAUUCAUACAGGAGAACAGCCUUAUCAUUGUGAAAUCUGUGGUAAAUGUUUCUCUCAAAGUAGUGAUUUGAUUCGUCACAAACGUACACAUACAGGAGAGAAACCAUAUCAUUGUGAUAUCUGUGGUAAAUCAUUCUCUCAAAGUAGUCCCUUGAUUAGACACAAACUUACACAUACAGGAGAAAAACCAUAUCAAUGUAAUAUCUGUGGUAAAUUAUUUUCCCAAAAUUAUCACUUGACUAGUCACAACCGUAUCCAUACUGGUGAAAGACCAUAUUGUUGUGAUAUCUGUGGUGAAUCAUUUUCUGAAAGUGGUCACCUGGCUAGGCACAAGCGUACUCAUACAGGAGAGAAGCCAUUUCAUUGCAAUAUCUGUGGUAAAUCAUACUCUAAAAAUAGUCAUUUGACUCGUCACAAACAUAUUCAUACUGGAAACAAAGCAUAUCACUGUGAUGUCUGUGGUAAAUCAUUUUCCCAAAAUUGUCACUUGACUAAUCACAUACGUAUUCAUACUGGGGAAAGACCAUAUCAGUGUGAUAUCUGUGGUGAAUCAUUUUCUCAAAGGUGUCACUUGACUAAACACAAACUUACACAUACAAGAGAGAAACCAUAUCAUUGUGAUAUUUGUGGUAAAUCAUUCUCUGGAAAUAGUAACUUGACUAGGCACAAACGUACACAUACAGGAGAGAAGCCAUAUCGUUGUGACAUCUGUGGUAAAUCAUUUUCUGUAAGCGGUCACUUGACUAAUCACAUACGUAUUCAUACUGGGGAAAAACCAUAUCAUUGUGAUAUCUGUGGUGAAUCAUUUUCUCAUAAUAGCUCUUUAACUUAUCACAAACGUGUUCAUAAAGGUGAGAAGCCAUAUCAUUGUGAUAUUUGUGGUAAAUCUUUCUCUCUAAAUAGUAACUUGACUAAUCACAAACGUACACAUACAGGAGAGAAGCCAUAUCACUGUGAUGUCUGUGGUAAAUCAUUCUCUAGAUUUGAGAAACUAACUAGUCACAAACGUAUUCAUACAGGACAGAAGCCAUACCAUUGUAAUAUCUGUGGUAAAUCAUUCAAUGGAAACAGUGACUUGACUAGACACAAGCGCGUUCAUACAGGAGAGAAACCAUAUCAGUGUGAUAUCUGUGGCAAAUCAUUCCCUGAAAGAGGUGUCUUAACUAGACAUCAGCGUAUUCAUACAGGGGAGAAGCCACAUCAGUGUGCUGUCUGUGGUAAAUCAUUCUCUGAAAGAGGUGUCUUAACUAUACACCAGCCUAUUCAUACAGGGGAGAAGCCACAUCAGUGUGCUGUCUGUGGUAAAUCAUUCUCUGAAAGAGGUGUCUUAACUAUACACCAGCCUAUUCAUACAGGGGAGAAGCCACAUCAGUGUGCUGUCUGUGGUAAAUCAUUCUCUGAAAGAGGUGUCUUAACUAUACACCAGCCUAUUCAUACAGGGGAGAAGCCACAUCAGUGUGCUGUCUGUGGUAAAUCAUUCUCUGAAAGAAGUGUCUUAACUAUACACCAGCCUAUUCAUACAGGGGAGAAGCCACAUCAGUGUGCUGUCUGUGGUAAAUCAUUCUCUGAAAGAGGUGUCUUAACUAUACACCAACGUAUUCAUACAGGAGAGAAGCCAUAUCAUUGUGAUAUCUGUGGUAAAUCAUUCUCUACAAAUAGUCAGUUGACUAAUCACAAACGUAUUCAUACAGGAGAGAAGCCGUAUCAUUGUGAUAUCCGUGGUAAAUCAUUCACUGCAAACAGUCAUUUGACUAAUCACAAGCGCGUUCAUACGGGAGAGAAGCCAUAUCAUUGUGAUAUCUGUGGUAAAUCAUUCUCUGGAAGAAGUGUCCUAACUAAACACCAGUGCAGGACAGAAACCAUAUCAUUGUGAUAUCUAUAGUAAAUCAUUCUCUAAAAAACGCCAUUUAUGUACACAUGUGAGUAUUCACACAAAAGUGCAACCAUUCAGUAUUAAUCUUUAUUACAACAAUUAUGGCUAUUUUUUUCUGCUGAAAGGCAGGGCUAUUUUUAUCUCUUCAAAUAUGAUGUUAUCGACUUCAAUUUCAAUAAUGUCAACAUCAAAUUCAUGAAUGUCAUGUAUAUAUAUGGAAGUAUAUCAACAAUGCCUUUGAUUUCUGAAGAUGAUUGCUCUGGAUUUUUGAGCAAUUUGUUUUGAGAGAAUAAAGAAAUGGGAAUAAUGAAUAAAAGGUUACACUGAA